AAAAAAUACUCCCAAACUCAAAAAAGGUAAAACACAUCACAAAUUAUAUUUUUAGGAAUCUUCAUAAAAUGCUGCAUCAGACGACGACCUCGACCACCUCCUCCUCACUUGGAGGCACGACAACGAAGUUGCCACGAAUCUUCAACCAGCAGCACAACUCGCACUCCUCGUAUGUCGAUGCCGACGAUGCUGGUGGUGGUGGAGGAGGUGGUGGUGGUGCAUGUUACGAUACCCGAAACAAGCUUCACUGUAGGGGAACAAAGGAUAAAGAGGAUCAACGUAGGAAGAGGAACACGCCUCCGCCACCGCCGUGUCCGCAGCCGUGCUUUGCCCCGACGCCGGAAGGUCAACAAUGUGGCGGACAACUUGAACACGAGGACGGCGCAGGAGUAUUAGGAUUAGUAUACCAACAAGCAGCUGGAGGUGAAUUUCUUCAAUUCCUUCCACCAUCCUCAGAAUGUCAAGACUUACAGCCGAACAGCUACGCAACAAGUAACAACAAUAAAGUGAUCAACAAUUCUAGUCCCGCAGCGCGCAACUUGGGAGCAACUGGAGGACCGCCGCCCUCCAGUACGACGGCUACCUCUAAAAAUGGUAUGCUUUUUACACCCUCAAGCAGUGGUCGCGAGCCGGACUGCGAGCGGAUUACAUCAGCCGACCUAUUGUCCGAUGACGACUCUUGUCGAAUAGAUGCCGACGAGCAGGGGGGGCAACUACAAGGUAAAAAGUGGCUACAUGUUCAUAGACAGUGAUUGUGUUUUUGAAUUUGAUGCUGAGUUUUGUCUUCCGAAAUCGAAUUUGAAUCUGAAAAAUCGAAUUUCAAAUUCAGGCUACAACAACGCUCGGUCUGACGCUAUCUGCGGCGUUGACGUGCCGCUUUUUGCAGCCAGUGACCCUGCAGAGCUUCCGGCCACUUCGGCUUUCAUUACUCCAUCGGCUACUGUAUCAUGUGGAGAACAACUACAGCUACCUAGUGAACAAGAAAACAGAGAAAAAACGUUAUGCACGCGUCGUGGUCGCGAGCUCACAACUUGUGGGGGAUUUCAUGCGCCCUUGACAUCAUCAACCGGAACGUUGAUGACAAAAAGUAAGCUUCAUAACAAAAAGAGUAGAACAAGCAAUAGUAAUCCUGCUCAUUCUCCAGUUCAACAUGAUCAGGUUCAGGUUCCGGCAACAGGACCACCAGGUCCAGGAGUAGUCGUGUCAAAUGAGGUAGUUGUACAAGGUCAAGCUCAAGGGGUUUUUGCCCGUAGGCAGACGUCGGACAUGAGGGCGCAACUUCGUGGACGGGCUCCGCACCCUUCAGAAACGAAACUGCUACAGCCUACAGCACGACGUAGAAAAUUGACCAGACAUCGUAGCUCGAUUAGUCCGGUGAAGCUGAAUCGUGGGGCGCCGGGGUCUCUGAAGGCACGAAAAAACAAGGGAAACAAGCUGCUGCCGCCGUUGUCGCGCACUGCGACCUCUACAGGUAAAAAUAGCAACACUUUUGGCAGCACAAGCACUAAACUACAGACCGCAACCACGGCAUUGCAACCGUCAGGCUCAUGUUCUUCGAUAAGGCAAGCAGGAUCUCUUCAACAUGCGGAGAGAGCCGAUCACGAGGUCCGCACAUACUUGAAGCAGUUCAAUUUGCAUUGUUAUUCGAAGAAGAUGUAUGACCAUCGCAUCGAAACUUUGCGGGACCUGGCGAGCUGGGAUCCGGAAUCUUUGAUGCUCCAACUGAAAGUCUAUGCAGGCCAUCGCCAGAGGAUGCUACGCGCCUUGACUCAACUACAACUGCAACCAUCUUCACAAGGUGGACAUUCACUUCUACCGCAAGAAAAGCAGGAAGUACAAUUAAGGCUCAACCAUUUCAGUGGUCACCAUUUAGAUUGGAGUCACUGAGAUCGAAGAGGAGGCCCCUUGAGAGAACAGGGAAAAACGAAGGGAAAAGGGGAGAGCUUUGAAGGUGGCCUCUUCCGUUCAGCGUCAGUGACCACUGACUGCUGACCUUUAAUGCAAGUAGUUACUCGGAGUCACUCGUAUGGUUCAGUCGGCAAAGUUGGUGGCACCAAUUAUGGGGGUUCAUCCUCUUUACCGCAUUCAGUGAAGAAGCCUCAGCCGGUUGCUGAGGGACCUGCGAGUAACAGCACAACGAUGACGAGCAACACAACGACAGGCGACAGAUCCUUCGAUGAAGACGACGAACUUUUUCAUUGUGGUGUGGGUCCUCAGGGCGUGCUAGUAGUGGGGCAAGAAGAGAGCUACCUCAAUUGUAAUUCUUCAUCUAGGACGAGCCACCACGUGAACAUGAUGAAUCAUCAACACGGUCACGGACCGCGAGGCGACCACCAACCACAACUGCAGCCUCAUCAAAACACUGUCCUCACGAUGAAUCACGAUAUACAACAUCAAGUUCAUCAAGAAGAUCAAGUUCAUCAGGAUAAUUAUUUGCAGGAGAUGGCAGCAAGAGUCGAACGUUUGGAACAUCAAAAAGGUAGUUUAUUGUCAAUUGUGGACAACCGCGAUAGGCUAAUUCGAGUCCUCGAGGAAGAAAACGCAGAUUUUCGGAGUGCACUUUUGAUGCAUCGUAACGAAUCUACUAUGGUGCAACACGCUGGAGGCAUCGCGAUGAACCAUGGUUCUGCUUGCCCUGUGCAGAAUCAGCAGCAAAUGUUGCAUUACGCGAAUGCGCUGCAUCCCCAGCAGAUGCAGAUGUAUCCGACUGCUCCUGCACAGCAGCUUUCGCCGCUCCCACAGCACAGCCCGCACAUGCUAAUGUCGCCCAUCACAACAACAGGCGCAGUAGGGAUGCCUCAGCACCAGGCAAUGGCGCCCAUACUGCAGUAUCCACCUCCAGCGGCACAACAUCACCAGCAGACGUUGUAUGCUGGCCCAAUGCAUUUACAGGCUGGAGUGCAGAACCAGCAGGGCUUGCAUCUCGCACCCCAGGUGCCGCCGCAUGCUCACUACAGCGCGCACCCUCUUCCUAACGGUUUUGGUGAUGUACCGCAACUUGCGCCACAUGUCCAACCUCAACCAGGGGUCUGGACUCAAUUCGAGCGACAUCAGCAGCAACCUGCUCCGGUUGUUGAACUACAGCAAUUCGAUAAUAUGCGACCUCCGCAUCUCUCACGACACCCUGCUCAGCAGGCGCAUCAUACUGAAUUAAGAACUACUGAGUCUGAUCUUGUACAGCGCGGGGAACAGCAGGAGCAGUCGCAACCUCCGACGCAACAGGAAGAGCCGAGUAGAACCACGUCUGCUGUUACUGUCAUGGCUACUGAAGAAGGUAAUGAAGAGCACCUCCGCAGUACGACAGCUCGACGUCGCGCGUGGUCGGUUCACGGAGCUACAACUUCUACAUUAUCACUUCUAUCCGACAUUUUACAGUCUAAGCUGCGUUCAACUCGCACAGCAACAAGGCGUUUCUCGAGGCGUCGGUCGCGUACAAAUUCUUCCACGGCUAGUAACUUGAACAACAUCUUCUACGAGCACAAGAACAACUCCUUGACAUUUUCCUCCAUUGGGGAAGGACAGCAUCUUCGUACCGCAGAUAUUAAGGAAAACAUGAUGAAUGGCGCUGCAGUAAGUUCUGUGAGGACUAGUCGAAAUAGCAAGGUUCUGCUGUCAUCCAGGAGAGCCAGGAGCUGCCCACCUCCUCCAACAUCUUCAUGUCUCAACAAUAGUACUAGGACCGUCGACGAGCAAGAGCUUGUGUCCGGCCUCUGUGCUGCUUUCGCGAAAGCUAUUCUAAGAACAUCACUGAUGCAAACAGAAAGACCGGUAGUGCCAGAGCUUCUAGAUGAAACAGCAUUAAAGAGGAGCACAAUAAAGUAUAUUGAUCAGGCGCAGGAACAGGAAGUAGUAGAGCAAAAAGAGGUUUUAAAGAAUAAGAGGACGAAAGACAAAGAGACCGACCUGCUUGACAGCAAACCCAAACUGGUCUCGCUUGAGCAUGCUGUGCAUUGUCUUGACCUGUGCCAGAUUUUCUUGCAGCCAGGAGUUUCCGAAGAGCUGCGCAGACGGAAGAUGUGUGGAGUCGUACUGUCAAAAGAAGUACUAAAUGAACAUCUUCAUCAAGAUCAUCAAGAUGAUGUGGAAGUUACUUCUUCAAGAAUUACAGUGUCAAGACCGGGAACUACAGGUCCCAGAGGUGCUGCAAUCGCAGGGAUGAUGCCAGCAAGGUACGCAGCAAACUACAAGAACAACGUGCAAACUAAUAGAUACUCUAGUUCGAUGAAGCGAGUUGGACUCGAUUUGCACGCCUCGUUGUGGCUUGAAGGGCCAACGCCGGGCACUAUGGCGUCCGCCUCUCCUGUGUGGCAGGAGCAGGACCAAGUAGAAAAGAGUUUCGAACAGGUCCAGACUUCUCUUGAGGAGAAUAAUAUGAGAGUGGGACGAGUACAACAAGGACAAGAACAUCUGAAUCAGUUAGAAGUUCCACGCUCCGCUCUUCGAGGUAUCAGUGCAAAGAUGAAGAUCUUAGAUGAACUACCGAACCAAGCUAGUUGUGAUCGUUGGUCGAGAAUUUUAGGAGUGGGGGAGAAGGACAAGGAAAAGGAAAACAGUAGAAAAAGCCAAAAGAUCACUAGUACAACAUGUGCCACUACAUCGGGAGUAGUACAACUACUAGAUGAAGAAAGUAAUCAUCAACUACGCCAUCUCUGGUUGAACCAGGUAGUAACCACAUCCUUCAACAACAGUAGUUUUCCGACUAUGGGUAAUGUCGCUAAUGCUAUUAGCAAGCUACUCGAAUUCGAACAUGAGAAAGUUGGUAGUAUUAAGGCCUCACUUGUUACCUCAUCCAUCUUCUUGCUUUACCUCAUCUGCAGAGGCUGUUCUCAAGUAGAAAAUAGUGGACACAGGAGAUGAGGCAAAAGAUGAUGGAAUAUUUAGAAGUAUAGAGAAGUGAUAGAUUGUUUCUUCUAAUAGUACUAGCACUAGCUACUUGUGGACUGUAGCGUCGAUGUGCAUGCAAAGUCUAGUGCUGUUGAGGCAGUAUCAACAACGAACAGGCUUAGCAGUGACACCGGAUAACUGGGAACAAUUGCUGAAAACGACAGUACGCCUGGCUGCUUCUACUACUGUGGUCUCUACUGCUGCUGCUGCUGCUGCUGUUGGUCCUUCAACCUCGUCUGCUGUUGGUCCUUCAAGUUCAAGCUCUUCAACCUCGUCAACGAGGAAAGUAGACCCAACAGAAUCCACGUUUUCGACUUUUCGUUCGACGAUGUUGGCUGAUGAUGAUAGUGAGGAAGAGGCAGCUCGGAUCGAAUUGCUUUCUUCGCUAACGGGACGAAGCAUUUUUGCGAGCUCAUCUGAGACGAUGAAUUUUACACGUCGUAAAGCAAGUCAAAUUGCCACUGCGUUCUUCGACUUGGUGGGGUACAUGUAGGAAGCUAUCUGUAAUACUAGUUCGCUGGUUCUCUAUGAUAAGUAAUUCGUGAGCUUCGUUUUCUUAAUAUGUACUUGUUAAUACUGUUAGUACUUUCUACUGUUCUUCAUCUUGAUAAUGCUAGUACUUAUAAUACUGCCAGGUAUUCGAUUUUUCAUCACAUAUUUGAUACCUCGUACUCAGUUCUUAUGAAUGUCGAAAUUCAAAAAUGAAUAAUUAUAGAUAUUGAUUACAAAAAAUGAACAGGACGUCAUGGCAGCACGACGUGCAAGUACAUGAGUGAGAAUUUGAACAGCAGAAUUUUCUUUCUAUUUAUUAUCGGAUGUUAAAUAGUUAAAUAAUGCCCACCCUUCUUGGUGAGGAAAUACUAGUACUUCUAGGACUACUAGUUACAGACCUACGGUGCAUAAUUAUCAUGGUUCCUCUUGAUUCGUAAACGCACAGUAGAUUUUAUUCAAGAGCUACAGGCACUUCCAACAUUUUUGAAAAUUGUAGUUCAUUGAACUUUUUUUCACUAUUUUUAUUUAAUGACACGACGCAAGUGAGAAGCAGAACUAUUUUAAUUUUCUUAUUCAACAACAGGUGCAGGUAGUGAGAGUGACAGAAAUGAUGAAUGUACGAGUAUUUUACAACGCGGCUACGGCUACGGCUAGAUUAUGAUUCAUCAGGGUUAAUUUGUCAGGCUAAUAUUGGUAUUGCAUUGAAUGAACUCGGUUCUUCUCAUCUAUCUGUUUCGGAUUUUUGCAGAUUCAUCCUUUCAAAAUGCCCUCCAUCUUGUUCUUUUUCUUCUUCGGCGAAUCAUGUAAGUGUACUAUUAGAAAAGUUUGUUCCCGUGUCUAGAUGCGUGGCUGCGUUGGAGACUCAUGAAUGAAUGAAUGUUCUUCACCGUAUCAGAAUCUUAAAUGGACGACGCCACUUGAUUGAUUGAUUGCCACACCUUCAAGUGCUGGAAGGGAAAGAUCAACAUGAAAGAUGAGUACUGGAGGUACUAAUGCUCGUUUGAUUCAAAUCAUUUUUCAGUUAUUAGUUUCCUUCAAUCAUCACAUCUAGUUGUAUCAGUUUCCUCCGGUAGCCUAUCUGUAUUUAUUCUUCGCUCUUUCCUUGUUGUAUCCCGCGUUUUUUUUAUUUGUUGUCUGUGAAAUGCAAUGCUUCCUAAGCCCAGCAAUCCUGGAGCUAUGGGGUACAAAAAAAAACAUCGCAAGCCCGAGAACUCUUAUAAUUCUAAUUCUUCCACAUCCACCCCCAACGAAUCUUCCCCUUUUUUUUACCUCAAGUCAUUGUUGAUGACAAGCUUUUAUAGUGAAUGAAGACGAACAACAACAAGCAACAGCAACAAGAAGUUGUGAGCAGUCCUUUUUCUCAGCACCAAAAAUGCAAUCAACAUAUGACACAGAACAAUGAGCCGAUGAAGACCACGAAA